CCUUAAACCCCAAACUCAAACUCAAAAAAUAAAAAACACAACCUUCCAUUUCACACUCCCUAAAAUGGAAACCACUAUAUUUAUCUUUCUCCUUUUUCUAGGAAUUGUUUUAAUAUCCCACGUGGAAGCCCGGGCCCCAUUUGCUUGUAACCCGAAGCAUUCGGGUACCCGAGGCUACCCGUUUUGCAACACCAAAUUACCGGUGGCUGAUCGUGUCAAAGACCUCAUCGGACGGCUGACAUUACAAGAGAAGGUGGCGCUAUUGGUGGAUAAUGCGGCCGCGAUUCCGAGACUCGGGAUUCAAGACUACGAGUGGUGGUCGGAGGCGUUACAUGGGGUGUCUGAUGUGGGCCCAGGGACUAAAUUUGGCGGGAGGUUUCGUGGGGCCACUAGUUUUCCUCAAGUUAUUACGACUGCUUCUUCUUUCAAUGCUUCCUUGUGGGAGGAGAUUGGACGGGUGGUAUCAGACGAAGCAAGAGCAAUGUACAACGGAGGGGCAGGAGGUUUGACAUAUUGGAGCCCUAACGUCAACAUUUUAAGGGACCCACGUUGGGGCCGUGGACAGGAGACUCCCGGUGAAGAUCCCAUGCUAGCCGGUAAAUAUGCUGCCAUGUAUGUCAGAGGUUUACAGGGUACAGACGGUGAACGGUUGAAAGUGGCUGCUUCUUGUAAACAUUAUACUGCCUAUGAUCUUGAUAAUUGGAGUGGUGUUGAUCGUUUCCAUUUUAAUGCCCAGGUAACAAAACAAGACAUAGUGGACACAUUUGAUGUGCCAUUUAGAGAAUGUGUGAUGGAAGGCAAAGUUGCGAGUGUUAUGUGUUCUUACAAUCAAGUCAAUGGCAUCCCUACUUGUGCUGACCCUAGACUCCUCCGCGGCACCAUUCGAGGCGCUUGGCGCCUUAACGGGUAUAUUGUUUCAGAUUGUGACUCUGUUGGAGUUUUCUAUAGUAACCAGCAUUAUACAUCAACCCCUGAGGAAGCUGCUGCUGAUGCUAUUAAAGCAGGUUUGGAUUUGGACUGUGGGCCGUUCUUAGGGAUCCAUACAGAAGAGGCCAUAAAGAAGGGCUUGCUUACUGAGGCCGAUGUAGAUAGCGCGUUAACUAAUACACUAACGGUCCAAAUGAGGCUGGGAAUGUUUGACGGGCCCCCAUCGGCCCAACCAUAUGGCCACCUUGGUCCAGCAGAUGUAUGUUCUCCAGCCCAUCAAGAUUUGGCCCUUGAAGCCGCCCGGCAAGGCAUCGUCCUCCUUAAGAAUCACGGUGACGGCCCGACCCUUCCUCUAUCUCGCAUCCGCCAUCGCACGGUCGCAGUCAUCGGGCCGAACUCCGAUGUCACGGUGACAAUGAUCGGCAACUAUGCUGGAAUUGCAUGUGGGUAUACAACCCCAGUUCAAGGAAUAGAGAGAUAUGCCAAGGUAAUUCACCAAGAAGGCUGUGCAAACGUGGGCUGCAACGAUGACCGCCAAUUCGGGGCUGCAGUCACUGCAGCAGCCCAAGCAGACGCAACGAUUCUCGUAAUGGGCCUCGAUCAGUCCAUCGAGGCAGAGUUCAGGGACAGAACCGGGCUGCUCUUACCAGGCCGGCAACAGGAGCUCGUGUCCAAGGUUGCUGCUGCCUCAAGGGGCCCCACAGUUUUGGUCUUGAUGAGUGGCGGGCCGGUGGAUGUGUCCUUUGCAAAGAAUGACCCGCGCGUAUCAGCCAUAGUGUGGGCCGGAUACCCAGGGCAAGCUGGUGGCCAAGCCAUAGCAGAUGUCCUCUUUGGCACAACUAACCCAGGUGGAAAGUUGCCGAUGACAUGGUACCCUCAAGAAUACCUCGAAAAUCUCCCAAUGACCAACAUGGCAAUGCGGUCAGGAAAGGAUUACCCGGGCCGAACCUACCGGUUCUAUGAAGGGCCCGUGGUCUAUCCCUUCGGAUACGGACUAAGCUACACCCACUUCACCCACACAAUUGCAGACGCCCCAUUGGAGGUUGUGGUACCAUUAGAUGGCCAUCGCAGGACCAACGCCAGCGCGGACGGGAAGGCCAUCCGUGUGACCCAUGCAAGGUGCAACCAACUCUCCUUGUCCGUACAAGUGGAUGUAAAGAACCACGGGGCCAGAGACGGGGCCCACACGAUUCUCGUGUACUCCAGGCCGCCGGGUGGAGGGCAGUGGGCCCCACGCAAGCAACUCGUCGCGUUCGAGAAGGUCCACGUACCCGCCGGGUCCCAGCAGAGGGUUAGUGUCCACAUCCAUGUGUGCAAGUAUUUGAGUGUGGUGGAUAAAUCAGGGAUUAGGAGGAUUCCUUUGGGUGAUCACAGCAUUCACAUUGGUGCUGCCAUACAUUCUGUCUCACUCAAACCACAAACUUUGGGAGUCAUCAAAUCCUAAUUAAUGUGCAUCAUUCUUUAUUUAUUUAAUUAAUCAUUUUGGUUCCAUGAUUAUUGGAAAUUAAGUAAAUUGGGAAGGUCAUCAAUUAUGACUAUACACUUAUAUAGGUAAUCCAUUCUUGGCUUCUUGCAGCAAAAUACUUUUUUGCUGCUUAUGUAAUUUGAAGCUUGUUCUUCAUGAUUUCUACUAGAAUAUUUUGUUACAGAAUUUAUGUACAUUGCUGCAACGCAGUCAGAAUGUUGUAUUCUUUCAUCAAAUAUUAGGUCGAUUAUUAGUGAUCUAUUCUGAAAGAUUAUGUAAUAUUAUUUUCAAGAAUUAAGAGCAUGUUUUGGUA